UCAUUCGAUCAGAGAGAAAUCCCAGCCGUUUAAUUUGAUCAUCCCAAAGAUGUUUGAGAUUGUUCAGACGGUUUUCGCCGCCGGGUGUGCACUAGCUCUUUUGACAUUCGCCGGUAUAACCCUCGGCGGCUCAGUGGUCGCAUUAGUCAUAAGCACACCGCUUUUUGUCAUUUUCAGUCCGAUUCUCGUGCCAGCGACUAUAGCCACUACAUUGCUAGCUACAGGUUUCACAGCCUCCGGUUCCUUUGGUGCCACAGUUAUCUCCAUCCUUAUGUGGCUCUACAAGAAACGUACAGGGAAGGAGCCGCCAAAAAUUCCAGGAUUGACGCCACCGUCUAGUCCAGCAUCAUCAAAAUAGGAUUAGGCGUUUCCUAAUUUGGGAUGAUAUCUUAUAUAAUGGAGGAACUUGAUCAUACUUAAUUACUGGGGUUCCAUAAAUAAAAUAAAAAUGUACCCAUCCUCUCUUUAUUAAAUUACAUGUAUACCCCCGGAUAUUUCCAAUAUCAUUCCAUUGAUGUAUAUCGUGUGUUACCAUAAAUAAAAUGAGAAAUUUAGAAAUGUCUUUUAAGACUGUUACAAAAUGUAAUUGGAAAAAAAAAUAUAAG